CUCUAUUCUCAUUAUGUGGUGUCUGCUGACUUUGCUCUAGUCGUUGCAUUCAACGUUCCUUGCAGCCAGCUCAACUCAGCCGCCCUCUUCUUCUUCUUCUCCUACUACUUCCCCCCUUCCCUUCUCUCUCUCUCCCUCCUCUGCCGAUCGGAAGGAAUAUCGGAACUGAGAAUCAGUCCGGUCAAUCCCCCCUUUCUUUCUUUCUUCCUUUUCCCUCCCCUCCCCUUCCCCUCUUCUUCUAGUUUCUUUUCAUCCGGCCACCCGCCACCCAACUUCACUGAACACCACCUGAUAUUGCAGUACCAUCACUGCUUUUGGCAGCUGCACCUCCGUACAGCAAACUCGCCGCCACCAUCUCUUAUCUCCUACUUUCUCUCUCCUUGUCUCUCUCAGUGUCCUCCCAUCGGCGCCGUCAUUGAUAACAGCGGCUGCCUCAGACAACGAUCUCGAAUCUCGAUCAUCGUCCUCGUCAAUCAGUCGUUGCCAGCACACUCAUCGAACCCAAUUCACUGCGUGGGCUGGGAAAUCACAACCGGGGCGCGUAACCGCGUUCUCUUAACCCAACCACAGCAGAUAGGGUUUCCCAUCUUGCAGCAUCAAACCCAUAGUUUCUGCUGCGUUUUCGUGCAGUUAAAAGAUGGGGUUCGACAAGGAAGCGAGUUCGUCUUCUUAUCGCCUUCGGCCACUGGCCAGAGAAGACACACCACUUAUCGGAAAGCCCCAACCUCUGUCAUCGAAACCUAAGACCUUUGCCAACGUUUUCAUCGCCAUCGUUGGAGCCGGCGUCCUUGGUCUGCCUUACACCUUCAUGAAAACCGGGUGGGUCUUCGGCAUCCUCAUGAUUGCCACCAUUGCUUUCCUUACCUAUCACUGUAUGAUGCUUCUUGUGUACACCCGCCGGAAACUGGAGUCUCUUCAGGGCUUUUCCAAGAUCAACUCUUUUGGCGAUCUCGGCUUCACGGUCUGCGGCCCAAUUGGGCGAUUCGCUGUUGACGCCAUGAUUGUCCUCUCCCAAGCAGGGUUCUGCGUCAGCUACCUCAUCUUCAUUGCCAACACCUUGGCCUAUGUUUUCAAUUCGGCCACCGCCACCAAUUUCGACCCACGCAUAUUGGGGUUUAAGCCCAAGGUUUUUUACAUCUGGGGGUGCUUGCCUUUCCAAUUAGGGUUGAACUCGAUUUCUUCAUUGACCCAUCUCGCCCCUUUGAGCAUUUUUGCUGAUGUCGUCGAUCUUGGAGCGAUGGGUAUUGUUAUGGUGGAAGACGUAUUUAUCUUUCUAAAACAAAGGCCUGCUUUGGAGAGUUUUGGGGGUCUUUCUGUCUUCUUCUACGGCCUGGGCGUCGCUAUUUAUGCAUUUGAAGGGAUCGGAAUGGUUCUGCCACUGGAAACAGAGACUAAAGACAAGGAAAAAUUUGGGAAGAUUUUGGGCCUUUCCAUGGCGUUUAUCACGUUGAUGUAUGGAGCAUUUGGAGCUCUGGGUUACUUUGCUUUUGGAGAAGAUACGAAAGAUAUAAUCACAACCAACCUUGGGAAAGGGCUAGUGAGCAGCUUGGUUCAGUUGGGUUUGUGUGUGAAUCUGUUCUUCACGUUUCCUUUGAUGAUGAACCCAGUCUAUGAGAUAGUUGAAAGGAGGCUUUGUGAAGGAAGGUAUUGCAUGUGGUUAAGGUGGGUUGUGGUUUUGGGUGUGACCUUGGCUGCCUUGCUUGUGCCUAAUUUUGCUGAUUUUCUGUCUUUGGUCGGUAGUAGUGUGUGCUGUGCGUUAGGAUUUGUGUUGCCUGCUCUCUUUCACUUGUUAGUAUUCAAGGAUGAGGUGGGAUGGAAAGGACUAGUUUUGGACAUUGUGAUUGUGGUUUUGGGGAUCAUUUUUGGCAUCUCCGGAACCUGGUCUUCCCUAAUGGCGAUUUUGGCUCCCAAGGUUUGAGUUUUGGCCACUUCGAGGAGAAGCAAUGAAUCUGUGUAAUAUGUGAUCGUGAUUGUAUUACAUUAUAUUAUUGAUACAAACAACAGGGUGUUUGUAUGCUUGGUUUGAUUUGUAUUUAGUCUUAAAUAAUUUGAAUUUUAUAUCUUUACGAGUCAUUGUCAGAAGAUAAUAUUAAAUUAGAGCAUGGCUCAUCAAUAGAAUUAAAUAAUUGCAUGGUUCA